UCCCAAGGGAUUGCCUUGCAGAGGCAGAGAGGCCUCACUCCAUUCACAGAAACAUUGGUAUGCAAGCCUGCUAUUUCAUUCACAUAAAACGAAAAUAUUAUUUGCAUUUGCUCUUCAGCUUUUCCCCCCUUUUUUCCUUCAACGCAGCGUAAACGGGGAGCUCUCAUUCUUCCUUUUGUCCUUUGCUUUCGUGCCGGUGAAAAGAACAAAUGAGCUUUUUGUGUUUUCCAGGCAGCAAGGCAGUUUUUAACAAGAUAUUGGGAGGGACUGCACUGCGAAAUCUGUAGCAGGAUGUGAGAAGCCUUAUGAAUGACUGUCAAUCACCAGCUACCCGCUCCUCUGGACAUUAUCAUGAAUGGUUUUGCUCUGUGUAUAGUCUGCUCUGACAGCCUUUGGUUUAAGGGAUGGUGAAUAUUUCUUUCUAAGCAUGCAGUAAUCGUUGUGCAGUGGGUAUCCGUUUAGCGUGUGCUCAUCUUUGAAUGGUAGUUUUGUGUGUUUAUUAAUAAUUCAUCAAGAUAAUUCAGCACAGGCGCUAAAUUAGGCUUAGUAAUUUUCUCAGCAGUACGAACGUAACAGCCUCAGAAUAUUGGUCGCUGUAUUGGUGUCUGCUUUCUUUUUGUAUGAGGUAUUUACAAAAAAAAACAAAAAAAAAACCAAAUAAUUUUAAAUUGGACAAAUCAUUGCAUGUCAUUGUAUUAAAAAAAAAAAAUCUGAAUUUACAAGAAAUGUGCUUGCAUUAUAUUUGGAUAUGUUAGCUGCAAUUUCUACCAUAACAAGGUGGAGAACAAUGCACUCUUCUUUGUUUAAAUUAUGAAAUAUUUUUGUCCUGUCUGUAAGUGGCACAGUUUAUCUCCACCUAGUAUUCUGAAUUUCAGAUUACAAAAAAUCUUCACAAUGCAGCUAAUCUAGUAUAGUAUCUGUAUUUUUCAUAUAUUAUAUGAAAUAUUUAUUAGAAUUUGAUUGGGUUUGAAAAUGUUGCAGUGUAUUAACUGUAAGCAAGAGGAACUCUCAUUAUUAACGGCAAAUUUUAUGACAGCAUAAAAAUAGUGUUUGCUGGUAUGCACCACAAAUAAUAUAGUUUCACGAUAAUCAGUUUUUGACUUUCAUAGUAUUACUCCUGGGUGAAUCAAACAAAUAUCUGUUUGCUAGUCACCUAUUAUCAUAUAAUUAAAUUAUUAAUGGCCAAAUGCAGAUUAUUUUUGUUUCUUAAAAAUACACUCUUUGUGUGAGCUUGGUAAAUGCAGAAAGAGAUUUUAUGAGGGAGGAGAUACAGGAUUCAGGAUUCAAAGAACAUUUGCUCCCGAUCACAGCAUUUUCUGUAAUUUUUCUUGCUUUCCCACUGAUGAACUAUGAAAGUAUAACAUUCCUGCGGUGGAGAGGAAAUAUCAGUCUAGGAAAUUUGAGAAUUGAUUGGUUCUAGUGUGCUGUAAGUGGGAGGAUUUUUUUUUUUUUUUUUGCUACAGGAAGUGAUUUGCAGUGUUCAGUGAGCCUUUUGUUGAGAAGGGUCUUCUCAGAUCUGUGAGUCAUGCUUUUGCUGCGAGCGGGUAGGCAACUGUGAGAGGGCUCGGGAUCUCAACCAUAUUCCACCUCUCUGUCUCUGGACCUCGCUGGUGAAGGACAGCAUAUCGGCAGCUUUUUGAGUCUGUUUUUUCCCUUUCCUGUACAGCUUUAAUGGAUUGUCUGUUUUCCUCCUUUUUUCCCCGCUAAACUGGAUUGCAGCUCUGGCUUCUUCAUAGCAACAACAACCUAAAGCCAGAACCACAGCAGGAAAAAUUACAUCAGGCUGCCUGUGAUUGCUAUGAGGCAUUUGCUAUGUUAAAGGAGGGGAUAAUUAGCUUGGCAUCGCAUCUGCCAGUGCGCAUGUAGGCAGGCAGAUAGAAGGGCAUGCUUCACCGUACCAAAUACAACCGCUUCAGGAAUGAGUCAGUGACGUCCGUCGAUGAGCUUCUCCACAACCUCUCCAUGAACCCCAAGGUCUCGGCAGCCCCUGCACCCUCUGCCGAGCCCCCUUACUCCCCGCCGGCCGAAGCGCUCCACGCCGACCCCGAGGAUGGCGGCACCACCCUCUGCACCCUCAUCAACAAGGUGUCCCACCUGAAAUUCGCCAACACGGGCAGCCUGCUGGGCAUCAAAAGCCUCCCCUCUGCCGUCAAAGACCUGGCCGUGUCCAGGCUGCAAGGAGGCGGCUCUGGCGGCGGCUCCGGCGGCCCCGGUCCCCCCGCCACCGCGGCGGCGUCCAGCGGUGGCUCCUGCAGCCCCGCCGCUGGCCCCCUCUGCACACAGCAGGACCUGGGCAGCAUGACCACCAGCACGGGGAAAAAGGGCAGGCUGGAGGACGCGCAUCUGGGAGGGCAGGACUGGAAUCCCAGCGGCAACGUUGUCAAUAAACCCUCCAGAGGAUGGCUGCACUCCAGCGAGAAGAUCUCUGGACCUGGCGUGACGUACAUCGUAAAGUAUUUGGGAUGUAUAGAAGUUCUUCGUUCAAUGAGAUCACUAGAUUUCAAUACAAGAUCACAAAUAACCAGGGAAGCCAUCAGUUCGGUAUGUGAGGCUAUCCCAGGUGCCAGAGGAGUGUUUCGUAAGAGAAAGCCUCCCACCAAAGCCCUCUCCAGUAUCCUCGGGAAGAGCAACUUACAGUUUGCAGGAAUGAGCAUCAACCUGAACAUCUCAACCAGCAGUCUGAACCUGAUGACACCUGACUCUAAACAGAUAAUAGCAAAUCAUCAUAUGCAGUCAAUUUCGUUUGCAUCUGGUGGAGAUCCGGACACUACGGAUUAUGUUGCCUAUGUAGCUAAAGAUCCUGUUAACCGAAGAGCGUGUCAUAUUCUGGAGUGCUCCGAUGGUCUGGCUCAGGAUGUCAUCAGCACCAUCGGUCAGGCAUUCGAUCUCCGCUUCCAACAAUACCUGCAGUGUCCCUCCAGCAAGCUUCCUACCUUACAUGAUAGCAUGCUAAAUAUGGAGGAGGCCCCGUGGACAGAGGAGGAAGAGGAGACUGCUGAGCAUCCUUACUACAACAACAUACCAGGGAAGAUGCCGCCACCAGGGGGCUUCAUCGACACACGACUGAAAAACCAAACAUCUGGUCCAGCAGAGGGCAGUCAGUCGAGUCCAGCGGUUGGACUAGACCAAACGUACUACCAGGGGAGACACUGUGGGGAGAGCUGGAGUGAGGAAAGGAGGUCCUUGCCUGUUCGACAGGGUUCAAGUGACAUAUACAGUCUACCUGAGGGUAAAAGUCAAGUACCAAAAAUGGGGGACGUCCCCACUUACGUGAACACCCAGCACAUCGAUGUCCAGGUCCUGGCAGCGCUGCAGACAGAGUCCGACACUGUGACGGACACGCCCAUGGGGGUGGCCAAAGAUAGUCCUCGGAAAGAUCUGUUCGAUAUGAAGCCCUUUGAAGAUGCCAUCCUCACCCAGGCUCCGGUCCCAGCGCUGAGCAAGGUUGCCUCCGUGGACAACUCCAGCCCGCUCCUGGUCCGGGCUGCGGCGUUCAGAGCCAACGAGGAGCUGGAGGGGCAGCCGUGGUACCACCGCGAGAUGAGCCGCAAGGAGGCCGAGAAGCUGCUGCGGGAGGACGGCGACUUCCUGGUGCGAAAGAGCACCACCAACCCGGGCUCGUAUGUCCUGACGGGCGUGCACAACGGGCAGACCAAGCACCUCCUGCUGGUGGACCCGGAGGGCACGGUGCGGACAAAAGAUCACAUUUUUGACAGCAUCAGCCACUUAAUUAGCCAUCACCGUGACAACAACUUGCCCAUAGUCUCUGCUGGAAGUGAACUGUGUCUUAAACAGCCGGUAGCAAGAAAAGAGUGAAAAGUUAUCAUGCUGCAUUGGAGAAAAAAGUCUUUACUCCUUUCAAACUUGAAACUUGAAGAAGAAUACAGAGAAUAUAUUAUUGUCACAAAUUGCUAAAGAUGACAGUGUUUUCAGAAUGUGGGCAUCUUUUUGGCUGCUUGCAAAGGUGGGGAAAGAUUUGUUUCAAUUGACAAGCGAUUUAUAGAACUACUAUUAUUUUGUUGUGAUGAUUGAAAUUAUAUAUUUUUUGAGGACAUGCAUAGGUUUAAUGAAUAGAUGUUUAUUUGGUGUUUUAAACAAGAGAAAGCAACUGUUAACUGUUUAGAUUAUUUGCAAAUUGACCUCAAGGAGGCAAAAAGAGUAUUUUAGAAUAACCUAAUGUUCUAGUUUUGUCUAUGAAGCACAACCAGAUUUACACAAUUGUUGGUAAGACUUAGAGGAAUCAAAUAUUUGAAAAGGAGUUAGUAUUUAAAUAUUUUAGGAUCUUUUAUUGCAGCUAGCGUAACAGUUCAUUUGGUAACAUUCUAUCAAAUCACUGUUGAAUAUGCUUUCACAGAGAUGUGUAUCUGUUUGCUUUACAGUAGUCACAGAAUUUUGGGACACGUCUACUUAAUCCCCACAGUGCUGUGAAUGUGAUUUUCAAUAAGGUGAAAUUUUCUAUUCAAUACACUAAUUUAUCACUGCAGUCGCAUGACUUGAAAAUUAACUGUUCUCGUGGUCAUUGUUUGUAGACCUUUAACCCACUGAGAGGUGCUUGUGUAUACUCACAGUAUUACGCUUUUGAAAACAUCUCUGUAUCUGGUUUGAAAUCCCUCUAUAACCCUUACCGGAUGUGUAGCUAAUUAGGUCAAGGUUGAUUUUAUGUCAUAGUUGAUUGAUCUUAUGGGGCACCCUGGCAGGCUGAAUUGUGAAUUUAAAAAAGAAAGUACAUUCUUUGACAAAUAUUCACCUAUGAAUAGCACAAUCAAAUCACGUGUAUGUGUUACCAUGUUUAAGUUACAGAUUUUUUUUUUUUUUGCAUAAUCACUAAAUUCAAGGGGUUAUAUUAGAAAAUCAUUUAAAUGAAUCUCCUUGAUUCACUAUAUUGAUAUCUUUAUAAAAUGUCCUGUAUUUAAAAUAAUAAUUACACUAUACAACAUAAAUGGGAUUUGUCAGUUUUCACUUAUGAUUUUUAGGUUGCAUAUACAGUACUAUCUCACAAAAAUAUAUAUACAUGCUCACACUUCAUUGAAGUAGGACCUAUGUAAUUGCACUGUAGUACAAUAAAUACUGUGGAAAUGAAAGCUACCUGUGCUAUAUUACUAAGGAUGGGGAAGUUAAAUGGAGAGUAAAGGUUACUGUAGGUUUAUUCAGAUAACUUGUAUUUCGAUUGUGUUUAUCAAUGCAUAAAUUGUGCUUCACAAUAGCAACUAUGGAACAAGAUGCACACACAUAGUACAUAAACAGUAGCUGCACAGUAGUUACAAUGAAAUUACAUAGGUAACAUUGCCAGCCAGAACCAUACUCUAACCCUGUAUACUUACUGUAUAUGGCAGUGGCAACCAACCCUGUUCCUGGAGUCUACCGUCCGGUAGGUUUUCACUCCAACCCAAACAAAGCACACCCCAUUCAACAGCUAGAGAUCUUGUUGAGCUGCUAAUUAGUAGAGUCAGGUGUACCAAAUUAGUGUUCAAAUUAAAACCUAUGGGAACAGGGUCGGUUACCCCUGGUAAAUAUGGGGUAGUUCACAUGACAUGCAAUGCUAUACAAAGAGACCGUAUGGACAACUAAAUAACAGCAACAUAUGAAACUUUUAUUCAUUUAUUAUAUUUAUGUCCUUAGCAUGACAACACACACUUGUAUUAAAUAUUACUCAAAGUAUUUGUAAAUCUUACCAGUCAAAUUUAUUUUCAAAAACAAAUCGCAUCAUGCCUGUGAUAAAAGCAGGGUGAGUAUUAGAGUGGAUCAACCAGGCCCAUUAGGAGUAUACAUAGACAGAAAUAAUUAUACAAACCCUGCAACAAAUUAACCAUGUGCUAAAUUAUUUUAAAUGGUUUAAAAAUAUUAAAAUAUUAGUCUUGUAUUUCUCCUUACAGCUGAACUGGGAAUUUAAUUCAUUAUAUAGUUUUUGCUUCUUUUUGGGAGAAAAAUUAAGCAAUGUUUACAAAAAGAAGAGUCAACAAAAUACAAAGAAGAAACAAAAUACAAACUAAUAAUUUUGGUUUUGUAUGUUGGUAUUCUAAUUUUCCUACAGAAGUUCUGUCCUGCAUGAUUUUUUUUUUUUUUUUUUGUGUGAAAAGUAUUUUCAGUACUUAACUGAAGAACCUAAGAAUAGAGAUUCAUGGGCACCUGUUAUUAACAUAUCCAAUAGAAAAUAACUAUUUUAAUCCUGAUAUUAUGUUACCAAAACAAGUUGAUAACUCACGUUUCUUAAAAAUACUUUUUAAAUUGCACACUUGAUCACUAUUAUUUUGAUUGUACUUGGAGUACCAAUAGUACUGCUUGCUGUUGGUUACAUUUUCUAGCAUUCUAUACAUAGUUUUGUGAAAUAAGUUGUAUUGACCAGUCUUCAGCGCAUUGAUUGUUCACGCAUUGAUUGAUCACAGUUCAGAUUCUAAUCUAUGGAACUGAACUUUUAUUUUUAAUCACUGCAUUUUGCACUUGGAUGAGAACAGAAUGCAAUUUGUAUAUACCUCACAAAAAAGAAAGGAACCUUUACCUGAAACAGAAAGUCACCUGUCUCCUGAACACAACUUUGCUGAAACAGUGUUAUCAGAUAUACGGUCAAAACCAAGGUUAACAAUAUAGAAUUGCCAUGAGAACCAUAUAAAAUAAAAUGUAACUAAAUUAUAUAUCCUGAUUUGUUUGAUGCAAAUCCAGGGUGAAAUGAUUAUUUAACAGUACCCUACUGUUUGAAAUACUGUUCAUAAACAUUUUAAUUUUACAGGUUUUUGUUUACCCCUUAUUCGUUUCUUCAUCCUAUACUGUACCGAAUGUGCAACCCUGCAGACUACUAUCUGAAUAGCUUUUGUUCAACAUUCACAAUGGUUCAAUGGAUUGUUGUUUCAGAUGUCAAAAUAUAUGGGAGCAUUAGGAAACAAAAUCUAGGUUUUCCAACCAUCUGUGAAACCUAUUCAUUGUGAUAUUUGCAUUUUAUUGCAAAACUUGUUAGUGUCUUGCUUUAAAGGUAGUUUCUAUUUUUCACAUUUCAGUAGGCCACUGCAGAGGGUAUAUUAAAAUCAUUGAAUGGAAAAUAUCUUAUUGAGCCACAAAAUUAUAAUAGUGGAUACACAAUGUAAACAAUCCAAGAAAAGUAUAUUUUUAGAUAUACAGUAUCCCUCUCUCUCUCUUUCUUUUUCACACACACACACACACACACACAUACACAUAAAGAAUGUGAUAAAAACUAAAUGUCCAUCCCAGUAGACAUUUUACUCACCAUGUUGUUUCAAGACAUAGUUUUUUAAAAAUGUUUUCAAUCAGUUCAGUACAAUGCACAAAUGAAGUACCGUAAAACUUUUUCUUGGACUCUUCUUGACUGAUAAAACAAAAAGUCAGUUUGGCAUAACAGGUAGCAUAUUUUCAUGGAAAAAACCUAGUGUUUGGGAGUGAGGGAGUUAACAAUUACAUUGCUUUGCCAGAUUUUUGUCCUUGAAAAUGUGCCUUUUCAUUGUAUCAAUGGUGUUUGUUCUUUUAAGUGCAAUAGCCAAACCUUUGCUGAAGUUCUUCGAGGGCAUGCCCAUUCAUUAAAGGUUGCGCUUUGCAGUGCUAACAUAUUGCUGCUUAAGAUUCAACAGUCCAGUCCCUUUUAUCUUUUGAAAUAUAUUUAUUCUGAACUUGAACAACAGUGAAUAGAAUCACUCUCAAAUCCUUUGGAAUUAAAAAGUGGUUGUUUCCUGAAGAUGUUUACAGAUUUAAUCUUUGGUUGUAUGAAUUUUCAUCACUCUGUAAGACUGUUGGCAAUAAAACAGUGAAUGUGUA